AUGGUCCUCUCAGUGUUUACCCUUGUUUUGGGUCUGGCGGCAUGCACGGGCUGUGCCAUUGAGCUGUUCAAGAAGCGCUUGAUCAGGUGGGUUGAAAAUCAACCAUGGCGGUCACGCAUGAUCCCGCUCCAGCAGAACAUGAUGCUCAAUUUUGGCUACAGCAGGUCAACUACUUGUGACGAAGCUGUUGUGAUCGAUUGCUAUUGCUUCACAAUUGCCAUUUGCUCCCACCACCUGUUGAUGAGCAUAGCUUUGGCUCCAGUGGCUUUGCUCGGCUGGGAUGCUGCUGGUUCGAGGGGACAAUUCCUUUUCUGUGCUGGUGCAUUGGGAGAUUUGGCGUUCACCCUCUACGAUGCAUUGCAGAUCACAUUGAGAACGUUUUUUUCAAACACGUUCAGAUGCCUCGGUGUGCAGCUACCGGUAAAGUUCUUCGUCGUCAUGGUUUGUUUGCACCAUGCGCUCUCUCUCAUGCUCACAGUGCCGAUGCUUCUGUACUACUCAUCCAUGAGCGCUCUUCAUGCAAUCAUGUGCUCAUUGCUCUUUGCGGGUGGCACCUGCUAUUUACUGGGUUGCUACAAGUUCACACUGGACACGCAGAAUUCCCAGUGGGACUUUCUGCAGUACAAGGCCAUCGUUUUGGUCCAGUUCAUGACGAUUUGGCUGACUCGCGCAUGUGUCUGGGUCUCUCAAAGUGUAGCAGCCAUGAUAGUUUUCUACACAGAGGGUGAUGCGCCCUUCCUGUGCGUGGGGCUGAUGGGUGGCGUGCUGAUGACCUUCUUCAACAUGCUCAUGCUCAUAGAUUCCACCAAAGCCGCCAUCAAGUGGCUGCCGAAGCAGAUGCCCAAGCAAAGCAUUUGUCCAAAAGUGGGUUGUGCCGAGCGAGAGUUCAAGCCUUCGUCUAAGCCCGCGAACGAGAUUUUGAGGAGAGUGCAGCUUGCCAGCGCUACACUGGCCGAAUGA